AUGGCACCCAAACAGAAGCAGCCAUGCUACGUCCUCGGCGUGGGCAUGACCAAGUUCAUCAAGCCCCGUGGGAAGGUGGACUACACGGAGCUCGGGUUUGAGGCCGGCGUCAAGGCCAUGCUGGAUGCAAAGAUCAACUACGACGACGUCGAGCAGGGCAUCGCCUGCUACUGCUACGGAGACUCGACGUGUGGCCAGCGGGUCUUCUACCAGUUUGGCAUGACCCAGAUCCCCAUCAUCAAUGUCAACAACAACUGCUCCACCGGUUCCACCGGUCUGGCCAUUGGGAGGCAGUACGUGUCCAGCGGCGCUGCUGACUGCGUGCUGGUCGUCGGCUUUGAGAAGAUGAUGCCUGGAAGCCUGCAGACCUUCUUCAACGACCGCGAGAACCCCACGGGAACAUCGGGCCUGAUGAUGGCGUCUACUCGGGGCUUCACAAAUGCCCCAGGUGCUGCUCAGAUGUUCGGUAAUGCUGGCCGUGAAUACAUCGAGAAGUACGGUGCCAAGCCAGAGGACUUUGCUGAGAUCGCCCGCAUCAACCACGCCCACAGCGUGAACAACCCAUACUCACAGUUCCAAGACGUCUACACCCGCGAGCAGAUCGAGAAGGCCCCGAUGAUCUUCGAGCCCCUGACAAAGCUGCAGUGCUGCCCCACCUCGGACGGCGGCGCGGCGGCGGUGCUCGUCUCGCAGGCCUUCCUGGACGCCCGGCCGCACCUCAAGGAGCAGGCCGUCCAGAUCGCAGGCCAGUGCCUGGCGACAGACGCGCCCUCGCUCUUCUCCAAGAGCUCCAUCGACCUGAUGGGCCGCGAGAUGACGGAGCACGCGGCGCGCACCGCCAUGGCCGAGGCGGGCGUGGGGCCCUCCGACUUCAGCGUUUGCGAGCUGCACGACUGCUUCAGCGCAAACGAGAUGAUCACCAUCGACUUCCUGGGGCUGUCGGAGCCGGGCAAGGCGCACGAGCUCGUCCGCGCCGGCGGCAUCACCUACGGCGGCAAGAUCGUCAUCAACCCCUCUGGCGGGCUCAUCUCAAAGGGCCACCCGCUCGGCGCCACGGGCAUCGCACAGUGCGCCGAGCUCGUCUGGCACCUGCGCGGCUGGGCCAACAACCGCGCCGUCUCCGGGACCAGGUACUGCCUGCAGCACAACCUCGGCCUCGGCGGCGCCGCUGUCGUUACGGUUUACAAACGGGCGGACGGGAAGGAGGCCCCCAAGGUGGAUGAUGCUAUGGUGGGCAAGGUCACCGGCCUGGGGUAUAACCCUGCCACUCAGGCCAAGGGGUUCACAGCUGCGCAGGCGCGGGCGGUACGAAGCAAAGACCGGGCCAGUGAAUGGGCCCUGCAGGACACAGAGAAGAAGGUAGAAUCCAGGUUCUAG